AUGGCUAAAUACGUAGGUCCAUGCUUGCUCCUAGGAAUGGCCGUGGUAUGCACGGUCAUCGCCGUAUCGUCGGCACGCGAUGUCCGAAGUACGAUGGGAGAUCUGGAAAUGGCCGGUACCCAUCACCAUCAUGGUCAUCAUCAUGAACAUGGUGGUGGUCACGAACAUCAUUCUCAUCAUCAUGGAGAACACGGUGAAGAGGGCCAUAAAGGACACAAGGGCCAUCAUCAUCACGAAGAAGGUGAACAUGGCCACCAUGGCAAGGAACAUCACGAAGGCCAUCAUCACGAGCACGGCGGCCACAAGAAAGGUCAUCACGACGAGCAUGACGAGCACGGUAGCCAUCACGAACACGGACACGGCCAUAAAGAGUCGAAAUUCGGCCAUGGAAAGGGUCAUAAGAAGGGCGAGAAGACUCAUGGUUACCAUCACAAAUCUCAUAAAGACGAAUUUCACAAGGAGCACAAGUUCUAUGAUGAUCAUCACAAAGGCGGUCACCAUGAGAAGCAUGGUGAUCAUCACGAGCAUCACCAUGGCAAGGAAGGCCACCACAAGAAGGGCGGACAUCAUCACUCCGGCCAUCAUGAGGAUCAUCAUGGAAAGAAAGGUCACCAUGAUAAAGGACAUUACGAUGAAGAUCAUCAUGGCCACCAUGGAAAACAUGGUCACGAAGAGCACCACCAUCAUCACGAAGAUUAUGGAAAGAAGCACGAACAUCACGGUGGCAAAAAGCAUGGAUGGCACCACGGCGGUCAUCACGGCCAUCAUCAUUAAUCAUGCGAAAUUUGUCAAUUUAGCGCAACACA